GAAAAAGAAAAUUAAGAGAAAAGAAAAAAAAAAUACAAUUUUUAUUUUUUUUCUCUCUAUCUUAAAAAAAAAAAAGUAAUGGAACCUGACGAAAGGCACCACCACCACCACCACCACCAAGAGCAUCAUCUCACUUCUCCUUACUACCAUCCUUUCCACCACCACACCCCCACCACCGUCUCCGCCGCACCCUCCUACAAUGGUAAUAUGCCACCACCACCACCACCUAACGAUGGAUCUUCUUCUUCCUACCAUCACUCCGCGCCGUCUUCAGCUGUUACGGCUCCGAUUGAGCCAGUCAAGAGAAAGAGAGGUCGUCCCAGGAAGUACGACACGCCCGCUCAAGCCUUAGCUGCUAAGAAGUUAGCUUCUUCCGCUAGCAGUUCCUCCGCCAGAGAAAGGAGAGAGCAAGCCGCCGCCGGAGGCGUUUCGCCUCCGUCUAAACCCGGUUCAAAAAAAUCAAUUUCGGGCUCUUUCGGGAAAAAUGGGCAAAGUUUUACACCGCACAUUGUUAAUAUAACUCCUGGUGAGGAUGUGGCUCAGAAAAUUAUCCUUUUCGCUGAGCAAAGCAAGCAUGAGUUAUGCAUUCUUUCUGCAUCUGGCGCCAUCUCUGAUCCAUCCUUGUCUCACCUCGCAACCGGAACCAGUGUAUCUUAUCAGGGUCAGUACGAAAUCCUCUCACUGAGGGGAUCUUAUAUCCGGGGAGAGCAUGGUGGUAAAACUGGUGGCCUUAGCGUUUGUUUAUCUAGUUCAGAUGGUCAGAUCGUUGGUGGUGGAGUUGGAGGACUCCUAAAGGCUGCUGGUCCAGUUCAGGUGAUUCUUGGUACGUUUCAGCUAGAGAGGAAGAAGGAUGGGAGAAACGGUGUGAAAGCAAAGCAAGAGGUGGGAAUAUCUAUGAUCACUUAUAUGGCCAGAUAUAAUUACUAUGGCCUGAUGCAGGUGCCCCAAAGUCGAUUGACCUGGCCUGCUCUUCUCGAGCACCCCUUCAUUAAAGAAUCUCUAGAGGAAGUUGAAGCCAGGGAAAUGCAUACUGCGGUAGUUGACCAUAAGGGAGCGUGGAGACUCAAAGGAAAUGGAGGUCAACAGAGAAAUGAAAAGUGUGACUCGGCGACCCCGUUUAAGGACGCCUCUGCUCUAGGAAUUGUAGCUGACGUUCAGUCAGAUAUGAAGAGUGCUGUCAAAGUAAAUUCUCCCUCUCCUGAGGAUUUUCUCGGAUUCCCAACCCAAGAGGGUAUUAAAAGUUCAGGUGACGCAACAUUGGACAAAUUGGAAAAUACAUCUGGAACUGUUAAAGGUGCAAAAGUUAUAGGUGAAGAUGCUAAAGCAAUGGAUCUAGUUCUACUGUCACUGGAUAGAUGUACAAAAUCACUGUCGAAAAGGGACAAAAGAUCUUGCUUGCUCUAUUCAGUCUCUCAGAAUAAUUUUCAAUUUGGUUGGAGCUCGCGCAAUAGAUUCCGUUGAACUGAUUGACAAAAUAAUAUCUGCACUGCUAGACUAUACUGACGCUCUUGUUGGGAUGAAAUCAUCCGAGUUCAACAACAUAAUACCAAAGAGUCUUUCAGUCACUAAAAAGUUGGUAGGGCAUAUUGAAGGAAGUAGGAUACAUAGUUCCUACAUCAGGCACUGGACGAAACUAGUGGAAAUCUUUGUACAGGUGACCUUAUUUUGGUGCACCAUAGGUUAUUUUGAGAUCAGUUCACCUGUACUUAUUUAUUACUUUUAUGUUUACUAGAACUUUUUGCGGAUUAUUUAUUGUAAAGAUAUUUUUUUUUAUUUGAUUCUCAUUUAUUUAAAUAACUAAGUGAUA